AUGAGUGUUGUCGGCAUUGAUUUCGGAACCGUCAACACGGUCAUCGCCGUCGCCAGAAAUCGAGGUGUCGAUGUUAUCUCAAAUGAGGUCUCCAACCGAGCGACACCAUCGCUGGUAGGCUUUGGCCCCAAGUCACGAUACCUCGGCGAGACCGCCAAAACACAAGAGAUCUCAAACCUCAAGAACACUGUUAGCUCGCUGAAGCGCCUUGCCGGCCGCUCCCUCUCCGACCCCGAUGUCCAGCUUGAGCAGCAGUACAUCUCCGCGCCCCUGGUUGAUAUCGACGGCCAGGUCGGCGCCGAGGUCAACUACCGCGGCCAAAAGGAGAAGUUCACCGCCACACAACUUACUGCCAUGUUCCUCAGCAAGAUCAAAUCAACAACAUCCGCCGAGCUCAAACUCCCCGUCUCUGACGUCGUCCUCAGCGUGCCUGCCUGGUUCACCGAUAUCCAGCGCCGCGCCCUGAUAGACGCCGCUGAGGUCGCUGGCCUCAAGCUUCUGCGCCUCAUGAACGACACCACCGCCGCCGCUCUCGGUUACGGUAUCACCAAGCUCGACCUGCCUUCGGCCGAGGAGAAGCCGCGUCGUGUCGCGUUUGUCGACGUCGGCGCAAGCAACUACACCUGCUCCAUUGUCGAGUUCAAGAAGGGCGAGCUGGUCGUCAAGGCCACCGCCUGGGACCGCCACUAUGGUGGCAGGAACUUCGACAAGGCCCUGGUCGACCACCUGGCCAAGGAGUUCUCCGCCAAGUACAAGAUUGACAUCUUCUCUAACCCCCGCGCCAUCGCACGUGUCACUGCCGCCGCCGAGAAGACCAAGAAGAUUCUGUCAGCGAACCAACAGGCCCCUGUCAACAUCGAGUCCCUCAUGAACGAUGUCGAUGUCGCCGCCAUGGUCACCCGACAAGAAUUCGAGGCUCUCAUCGAGCCCGUGCUCACCAAGACCACCGCCCCGCUGGAGCAGGCUCUGGCUGAUGCCAAGCUUACCAAGGACGACAUCGAUGUUAUCGAGGUUGUCGGUGGUGGUUCUCGUGUGCCUGCCGUCAAGGACCGCAUUCAGGCCUUCUUUGGCAAGACCCUGUCGUUCACCCUCAACGCCGAUGAAGCCGCUGCUCGAGGCUGCGCCUUCAGCUGUGCCAUUCUCUCCCCAGUCUUCAGGGUUCGUGACUUCUCCGUCCAGGACGUCAUUCCCUACCCUAUCGAGUUUGCUUGGGAGAAGGCUGCCGACAUUCCUGAUGAGGACACGAGCCUGGUCGUCUUUAACAAGGGCGGCGUUCAGCCCUCUACCAAGAUCCUGACCUUCUACCGGAAGCAGGCCUUUGACCUCGAGGCCCGUUACGUCAAGCCCGAUGAUCUUCCAGGCAAGAUCAACCCAUGGAUCGGUCGCUUCUCGGUCAAGGGCGUUAAGGCCGCCGGUGGCCCUGAUGACUUCAUGAUCUGCAAGCUGAAGGCCCGUGUCAACAUCCACGGCGUUUUGAACGUGGAGAGUGGUUACUACGUCGAGGACCAGGAGGUCGAGGAGCCUAUCCCUGAGGAGGACCCCAAGAAGGAGGAUGGCGAGAAGAAGGACCCAGAUGUGAGUACUCCAACAGUUGAUCAUUUCCAUACGUCGUCGCGCGCAAAGCGUAAAUCGUCAAGCUCUCCACCAAUUGAGAAUGAGGCGACCCCAAUGAAUCGCAAGCGGACCUGCCCCGAGAACGGUAACGGCGAAGCUGCGUCGAUCUCAUCAGACUUGCAGCAAGACGAGGUUCACGAGCUAACCAAAUCAAAGGCCAUGGAGACAGACAACAAGGAGGAGAAGCCCAAGACACGCAAGGUUAAGAAGCAGGUGCGCAAGGGAGAUCUGCCUAUCGUCACUGGCAACCUGUCCCUUGACGAGACCGCCAAGAACAACCUGACCGAGAAGGAGUAUUCCAUGGUCAUGGAGGACAAGCUGGUUGCCGACACCGAGGAGAAGAAGAACGAGCUCGAGACCUUCAUCUACGAGCUGCGCAACAAGCUCGAUGAGCAAUACGCUGAGCACGCCAGCGAGGAGGAGAAGGAGAAGAUCAAGGCCAAGCUGGAGGCUUCUGAGGACUGGCUGUACGAGGAUGGUGAGGACACCACCAAGGCUGUCUACGUCGCCAAGAUUGAUGAGAUCCGCGCCAUGGCUGGUCCCAUCGUGCAGCGACAUUUCGAGAAGGUCGAGGCCGAACGCCAAGCAGUGCAGGCUAAGGUUGACGCCGAGAAGGCAGCCAAGAAGGCAGCCGAGGAGCAGGCGCGCAAGCAGACCGAGGCCCAGAAGCCUGCGCAGGAGGGCGCAAACGGCAAGGACGCCGAGAUGACCGACGCAGACGCCGCCCCCAAGGCCGAGGUUGAGGAGUCUGAGGACCCGAAAUAG